AUGGCAGCGACAGUCCAAGUAUCGCCGCCAGCGCCUCCACUACCGACGAAACACGUACCAAACGAUGCGCAUACGCCGACUUGUCCUUCGUGUGGCAGCAGUAUAGAUAUGACAGAGCUCCAAGACGCGAGGCAAAGGAUAGACGAGCUCGAGGCACAAAUGGAGCGCUUAAAGGAGAAGGCAACCGCAGCUGUGGACAGGUGCGCCGACUACGAAGACCAGAUACGCAGCCUCCAAGCGACCCCCCACAACGCCCCUAGGCUGCCCCGUACCCAAACCUCGCAAUCCGACAUCGUCAACGCAACGUCUCGCCCCUCCGUCGACGCCGAUCCCCCACGUCCCACAACGUCAAGCUCCACAAAGGCCUCCCGCUUCUCUUUCAUCACAAGCCGCUUCCCGUCGCCCGCCAAUGCGACAUCUAUGCCUCCGCCUCCGCCACCCAAAGAAGCAUCCAGCGCUCCGCCCGUCGACUACACACUGCUGAAUGAGCUCGAGCGCGAGCGUGCCCUACGCGCCAAGGCCGAAGCACGCGUACAGACGGUGGAUUCGGAGAUUGAAGAGCUGAGCGUUCAGCUCUUCAGUCAGGCAAACGAAAUGGUUGCCGAAGAGAGACGGGCGAGAGCCAAGUUGGAAGAGAGGGUUGAGACUUUGGAACGCAGGGAUAGGGAGAAGAUGGGAAGGCUGGAUCGUCUGGAGAAGGCUGUCAGCAGGGUGGAGAGAGUCAAGGCGCUGCUGGGCGACAAGGAAGACAUGAAGAGACAGACGAUCGACAGCGGGUUGCUAUCACCGCCGGCUAGGAGGUAA